ACCAAAGCGAUGCUUUGCAAAAGGAGGAGGGCUGGACCAAGAUCCGCCAUAUAAGUAACGAGAGGAACCAUAGCGCUGAUAGCAAUAUAGGCCGUCACGGGAGCACAGUGGAUUUGGAUGGAUCAAAUAGCAGCUGCCCCGCCGGAGAAGUCAAACAAAGACGUUUACCCCCUCGUCGUGGCCGCGUGGUCAAUUCAGGCCGUUUGGGGAGUAACGUGCCCCCUGAAUUCACAACCAUAAUUUUGAAUGAAAUAAUGACGGCUCUCGAACUACCAGAUAUUGGCAUACUUGGGAUUCAUGGAUCAAUUAAUGCGAAUAGGGAAAAUGUGGUGGAGAAAGUCACCAGGAGAAUUGAGAGAGACGAGUUGUUUAAUGUGGUUGUGGAGACAAGCGUGACGAAAAAGCCAGAUUUGAAAAGAAUUCAAGAAGAACUUGGAAAACCAUUGGGUCUACAACUCCACAAGAAAACUCCAAAGGAAAGAGCUACCCUUUUGUGUGAGAGGAUUAAGAGGGAGGACAAGAUCCUUAUCAUCCUUCGUGAUCUUCAACAUAAAAUCGACUUGGCCGAGAUUGGAAUACCCUUUGGGAAUGACCACAAGGGUUGUAAAAUCUUGUUGGUAGCUGAGAAUAAAAAGAUGUUGUCCCACAAAACAUUGAAAACCCAAAAACAAAUUUAUGUGGAUCACGUGGAGCCGAAAAUUCGUGAUCUAACGAGGAGCCAUAAAGUUCAAACUUGUGUAAUAAUUUGAUGGAUCAAGAGGUGGUGGUGGAAUAACAUUUUCUGCAGGGGGCCAGUAGCGAGAUUGUGGAGUUUAUGUCUUAAGUUCAAACUUGUGGAAUAACUUUGUAGAUUUUAUUUAGACGUUUUCUUAUUAGGUUGAGAAGUUUGUUUGGUUAAGUUUUCAAAAACAAAUUGUGUCUUUUUUGUUA